AUGACAGAUUCAAAGUCAGUCGCCAUUAUUGGAGCGGGCAUAUUUGGUCUUUCACUGGCGAUUGCCCUGCGAGAUAGAAACUACAAAGUGACCGUCUUUGAUCGAAGUCAAUACGAUGCAAAUGGAUAUGACCCUACAGCCGAUGAUGUACAAGCUGCAUCCGCCGAUCACAACAAAAUCUUCCGUGCAUCAUACGGGAAAGAGAUUCACUACCAGCGUCUUGCUUUAGAAAGCCGCAGCAUGUGGGUUUCAGAGGACGAGAAGCGUGGAUCAACGGACCAAGACGACGGCAGGAAUCUCGGACUGUUUGUUAACAGCGGGAUGCUCCGUAUACAGCCAUCUGACCACUUGGCUACUCUAGAGAAAGAAACCCUAGCCAACAUGGAGCGUGAUGGUCUACGAGAUACGCAGUUCGUUAAGAGCAACCCCGCAGACUGCGAACGGGCUGGUAAGCUGGGUUGGAAGGAUAAAAUACUCAAUUUCCACAUCCCAGAUUCUGCUGAAAGAACAUACGAGGCGGUCCUUGACUCCCUGGCUGGGUUUGUGAGGUGCAGUAAUGCCUGUGCUCAUUACCAAAAAAUGGCCGCCGACAAGGGCGUGAAAUUUUAUUUCGGCCCACAGAAGGGGGCUGUUGAUUACUUGGUCAAACUGAAAAGCAGUCUUGAACCGAGUAAAGAUAAAGUUACAGGUCUGAAGACAAAGGACGGUGUUGUUCAUGAUGCGGACUCCGUUGUUGUGGCUGCCGGAUCGUUUUCGACACAGAUUCUCCCUGAACUAAGCUAUCACCUCGAGUCCUCAGCUGGCAGCCUUGCAACUUUCAAGAUAGACAAGAGCAACACCGAGCUAUGGGACAAGUACUCACCAGAACGUUCUCCCGUCAUGACCUGGAAGAGUACACCACGAGACAUCUCUGGAAAUGACACAGGGAGCAUUUACGUUCUACCAAGAACCCCAGAGGGUCUUGUCAAGAUUGGUUAUCGUGGAAUCAAGUGGACCAAUUUCCAGCCAGCACCGCAAGAUACUCCAUUCACCCAAGAUGGUCAAUGGUCUGUGCCUCUUCCAGUGGAGGAGUGUUCGGUACUUCCAGAGCCAGCCUUGUAUGCAAUCAAGCAGUUUGUGUCUAUAUUCCUGCCUGAGUUCGAGAAUACGCCAUUUUUCUCUACGAAACUUUGCUGGUACACAGACUCCCUGGACAAUUCAUUUGUGAUUGAUCAUGUCCCAACUUUCGCGGAGAAAUCUGUAUUCGUUUGUACUGGUGGUAGUGGUCAUGGUGCAAAGUUCUUACCAGUUCUGGGAAAGCAUGCGGCGGAUAUAUUUGAGAAUGGUAACCAAAGCUCAUCUUUCAUGCGCCCAUUCUGGCGCUGGCGCCCUGACGCACCUAGAAGGAACGGGUUGCAAGAGGGCCCCGGCGGACCAAGAGAUAUUUCGCACAGUUAA